AUGGCUUCCAGUAGUUUUCGAGAUUCCAUCAACUCCCUGGGCUGGAGCCGGCGUCAAGAGGCGCCCAUCACCACGUCUCAGCAGUCGUCUGGCCUUCUAGCCUCCCUCCAGAACCUGAACCCAUUCCAGGAUCGUGGCUAUACGGUCCUUCCCACAUCGGAGGCUCCAGGAGCGCCUCUGCCGGCGCCCAGUCGGCGCGAAGAGGAGGAAGGCUGGUUUGUGCUAAGUCGAUGGGACCGCAUGCUGGUAUUCGCCUUUUGUAAUCUGGCUGCCGCCGCCUGUUUCGUCAUCUGCUUCACCCUGUUCCCGGUUCUGUCUCUGAGACCUCGCAAGUUUGUGAUUCUAUGGACGGUUGGAUCGACACUCUUCCUGGCAUCUUUUGCUGCCAUUAUGGGGCCCAUGAACUACAUCUACCACCUCUUUUCGGCACCCAGACUGCCAUUUACCGCUGCCUACUUUGGCUCCAUUGCGUUGACUCUUGUAUUCGCCAUCAAGGUUCAAAGCACCAUCCUCACCCUCUUUUCCGCGGUGGCACAACUUGCUGCCUUGCUGUGGUACUUGGUCAGUUAUUUCCCCAUGGGUUCCACAGGACUGCGCCUGGCAACCUCGUACGGAGCAAGGCAGGCUACGGCAUGGUUGUCUGGGUGA